AUGGCCUCCAUGGCUCAGAACACGGCGCAAGAGCAGGAGUUCCUUUCGCUCCACAAUGCUGCCCGUCGUGAGGUGGGUGUUGAGGAUGUGGUAUGGGAUGAGACCGUGGCUGCGUUUGCACGGGUCUACGCAGCGAAACGUGCCGGUGACUGCAAUCUCCAGCACUCGGACCAGGCUGAGCGUGACAACCUUGGCUACGGUGAAAACAUUGCCGUGGGCUUCCCUGGCAGCGACUUGAAGGUGGCUGCAGCCGUGCAAAUGUGGGUGAAUGAAAAGCAAGACUACGACAGUGCUAGUGGCAGGUGCAUGAAAGGGCGGCCGGAGGAGCUGAUGUGUGGGCACUACACGCAGGUGGUUUGGCGCAACACUAAGGCCAUCGGUUGCGCGCGCGUCAAGUGUGACAAUGGUGGCAUCUUCAUCACCUGAAACUAUACACCGGCGGGCAAUGUCCCUGGACAACGUCCAUUGUAGUCGCUUGGGGAAUAAACUUAUAGGA